UAAUUCCACCUCCAUCUUCCUGUUACACCAAGCCUCCUGGCUCCUGCUUCAUUUCUCCCAAGAAUUUGCAUGCGAUUCGAUGAAUCCUAGAGAGUUCAUCAGCAAUCUGCCAGAUGAGAUUCUUGGCAAAAUCCUGUCUUUACUUCCGACAAAACUUGGUGUUUCCACAUCUGUUCUGUCCAAGAGGUGGAGGAAUCUGAUCCUUCUCGUAGACAACUUCGAUUUGGAAGACUCAUCAACUAGUGGCUUCUCUGCUUUCUUGGAGCAAACUGUUGCUCGCUUAAACACUUGUCCCAUCAAGAGACUCUCUCUCAAUGGCCGCCACUAUCGAUUCUCUUCUGCUGACAGUUGGAUUAGCACUGCUUUCGAACGCGGCUGCUUGGAACUACACUUGCAAUCCCAAUAUCUUGAUACAGGAAUCUUGUCUAGUAACACAUUGGUUAAACUCACACUAUCCGAUCAAAUUUAUCUUCAAGGGCUUGUUCCCCAUGAUGGCACUGUGUUUUUCCCAGCGCUCAAGACUCUUUCUCUCGGUGCAGUUGUGGCUGAUCGAGAUGUAUAUGAGUCGCUCAUCUCUGGUUGCCCUGUGCUCGAUGAGUUAUCCAUACGUGAUGGUUGUGAUGACCCACCAACUUGGAAGAAGUCAGUGGUUAAUAAAUCCGUCAAACGGCUCACGGUUUCUUUCCAUCAUCCUAUGUCCGCAUGGGCUUAUGAAGACAAUGUUUGGUUCAAGACACAGAGUCUUGUGUUUCUUGACUAUUCUGCUUUUGUCUCCCAAGGCUAUACUAUUGUUGAUCGUAUGGAUUCUCUCGUUGAAGCUAGACUAGAUCUUCGAUUGUGGGUGUCAACUGAUUCUUAUGAUAGUGAUUAUGAAGACAAAGAUUUUGAUGUCUAUCGUCCAUAUGAUGUUUUUGGUGAUGUUACAAGCCUGGUUUCAGGGAUACGCAAAGUUAAGACCCUUCACCUGUCUCCUGAUUCUCUUGAGGCGUUUUUCUUCUGCUGCAAUCACAUGCCGGUCUUCAACAACCUCCGUAAUCUAUCUCUUGAGAGCGACGAAGAAAAAGGAUGGCAAGCAUUGCCUCUUCUGCUCAAUAAUUCUCUAAAUCUUCAUACUCUAUCUAUCAAAGGUCUUGUGCACAGAGUUACUAGUAGAUGUGGAGACGCAUGCGCCUGCAUUAGCGAGAGGAAGACAGGAAUGUGUUGUUUAUCGGCAUGUCGAAUCAAGGUGCUAGAGAUUACAGGGUAUGGAGGAAGUUUUAUAGAGCUGAAACAAAUGAGGCAUUUUUUGGGAAAACUGCAAUGUCUUGAAACUGUGAGAAUUGGUGUUGAAAGGGACGGCAACAACGAGCACCUGCGAGCCAAUCUAAGCUCUCUUCAUAGAGCUUCAUCAGAGUGCAACAUCCAGUUCAUUUGAUCUCUCUUUAAA